AGUUUUCAAUGUUUAUGUCAAACAUCGAAAAAGGAGCGAAAAUUAUAAACUAUGAAUGUCAUUAUUAGCUAAAUGGAAGCUUUGUAGCUAUAUUAUAAAUUAAUAAAACGAAUACAUCUGUGACUAGUUCUGAAAGUGAAUUUCAAGUGACUAUUUUAUUAAUUGCUGGUACUAUCCAAAUAUGUGUUUUGCUUAGUUAUCCAUUUCGUCAUGCCAGUCAAGAUUAGAGACACUAAAGCUUUAAAAGCUUCAAAAGAAAAUGCGUGUGUUAAACUUAAACAGAAAAUAAAUACAGACAACAAUUUAAGACCUCAACGAAAAGUUUUAGGUGAUAAAACCAACUCUGCUUCUGAUGAUAAUACUUCAAUACUAACUUGUGAAACAGUACCACCAAAAUCAGCACCUAUUGAAAAGAAGGGUAAAGUGUGUAAACCUAGUGUUACAGAAACGAUUGAGAGGCCAAAAAGGGCAAGACGAGUUCCUACUCGAUACAUUGAAAAUGAUGGUGAAAAAGUCAUUUCCAAGAAAUCUAAUUCACCUUCACCUUCUGUUAACACAAAUUUUGCAUCACCAAAACUGAAAGUACCUAUUGUCCUUCUGACUCCAGUUAAAAUUCCACAUAAAAUUCAUGAUAGCAGUAUAAUCAUAAAUCGACCUAAGAGAAUAUGCCGCUUACCAAGCAAGUUUGACAAUAGUUCCACAAGCCCUAGUAAGUUUUUAUCAGUGCUACCAAUUAAUUCAAGUACUCCUUUAGCUCCAAAGACACAGUCUGUGAAGCAAACUAAAAGAGAAUUGAGGUCAAAGACAGUGUCAGAAAAGAAGUUACAACCGAAAAAAAUUGUUAAAAAGGAUAGCAAAAGAAAAUUUAAUGAAGCUCAGACUACACCUCACAAGUCACCAAAACAAUCUCAUAUAACAAGUUUUUUAAAGAAAAAGUUGCCAGACACAAACAAUAAUGCUAAUAGUAAUAAGAAUAACUCAUUAAAAGCUGUGCAAAAGUCACCAGAUAAAAAGAGAGGUAUAAAUAAAUCAAAAGCUGAGAGAAAUAAAAUCAGAGAUAUAGACUUCUCUAUAAAAAUAUUAGAUGAUAAAAAAUCACUUAAAAGAAAUUCCAAUAAAGCUGAUGUGUAUGAAUUUACAUUUGACCCUUCUGAAGAACCACCUCCAGCUAAAAAGCAAAAGAAGAAAAAUGUCUCCAAAAAACCAUCUAAACCUAGAAAAGUCACUUACAAAAGUAAUUAUGAGAAAAAUUUAGCAAAAGCACUUGCUGUGUUAAAGAACACGGUGGCACCAGACAAAGUUUUAGAACAAAAUCCUAAGGAAGCUAAUGACCAAGCAUCAAGUAGUAAAAAUCCUGAAUCAAAUCAAGUAAUUUCCGCUGGUCAUAAAGUAAAUGACAAAAAUCAAAUGACGAAGCAAAAAAAUGACAUAAAUCAGACUGUCAAUAGAGAUAUUGGAACAAAUGCUAACGAAAAUGUGGGCAAUAAUUCUGUUAGAGUUGAGGAUACAGCUUUUGACAUUCAGGCAGAUACUGACAAUCUUAACUAUUCUCCUGUCAACACUCCAACCAGAACCAAAACUCCUAAACUGAAUACCACGAACACAGCCAACAUUGAUGAUCCUUUGAAUUUACAAGAGUUGAGCUUCUUUGAUGAACAGCCCGCUGCUAGCAGUAGUAUGAACCAAUCAAUAAGACAUCCAACGGCAAGUCCGUGGAGGAUUGAAUUUGGUAAUUUGCCCAUAAAAUGGCAAAUCAACACAUAUGUUAAACCAAAUAUGACGCCAGCCCUUGAAAGUUCUUUUAUUAACUUUAAUGACACCAAGAAAAAACAUGUCUACACCCCCAUAGUACCAGUUAAUGAAUCAUUACCUGAGAUCAGCGAAAGCCCUAACUUGAAACAGACAAGCAUAAUGUCCUUUAUAAAGGAAGUUGUUGAGAGAAGUGCUAAUAAGAAGAAGAAAAAGUCAAGUCCAGUGAAAAAUAAUUCACUCUUUGAAGAUGUAACACACUCCUUUGUGAAUGUAGAAAAUACACCAGCUAAAGAAACCUUACCAAGCUCAAAAACAAGCAGGACACCCAACAAAGGCAUGCCCGUGGAAAAUAAUGCAAAUGAAACCAACACAAAUAAUGACUCCUCUGUGGAAGACAAGGAAAAUGACUCAGAAAGUGCUGAAAAAUCCAAUGGAAAUGAUAAGGAUUUGACAUUUUUUGGUUUCAAUGAAUCCGAAGAUCAAGAAAACACUUCACCAACUAAAAAGAAACAUAGAUCUACAAAAUCUCAACCUAGACGAGCCCUUCAAGAGCUUAAUACUUUUAAAGGUCCGUCCAGACCAGUGUUACCAGUUGCUGCAAAAACUAAAAUACUUCAAAACUUUGACAAAGCAAAUGAACUUUAUGAAAACAUGAAAUCUGCUACCGAACCUCCUGUCUUCCCUGAAAUAUCUAUUGCUGGCAAUACCGAGGUAACUAAUGUCAAUCCGACUGAGGACAAUGAGGAUUCACAAUCAGUGCAUCUGUUUGAAGAUAUUGAAGUGGUACAUCAUCAUAAGCCAAUUCGCAAAAGCUACAGUAAGCCCAAAAGGGUGAUGUUCAGGCAAAGAGCGGUUGAGGACAGUGAUGACAGUCGUGACACUGAUGAUGAAUCAAGCGGUGACGAAAUGGAUGAAUCUUUCACACUGCCAACCAUCCAAAUAAAAAAACCAACCAAGAAAAGAGUAACAAAGAAACAGAAGUUGUCUAAAAAGGAGGAAAAAGAAGCGGAAGCAUGGGCGGCAGGAUUCAACUCGAUGUGUGAAAAUAUUGAAGAAUUUGAAUUAGUUGUAGAAUGAUCUGCCUAUAUCAUGAACUAACUAACUAACUUAUUAUUAAUGGUUAAAGGGUAACUGGGUCCAUACAAACUAUACAUGUUUAUUCACAUUGAAAUUUUAUAUGAAAAACAAUUUGGUAGAAUCGUCUUCCAAUAUUCUUGUGCAUUGCCAUCAUUUCUGCCGUUUCAUACAUUUUGCAAAUUUUUAUCAAUCAUGGCUCACAUCUACAAUAUUAAAGAAAAUUUCAUUAUUUUAAAAUUAAUUAUGUCACAUAGUAUGUUAAAAAAAAUAUAUAUAAUUUGAUAAAUAACUUAUAUGUUUAAAUAUUACUUUGAAUCUAUUAUAAAUAAGUUUUAAACACUCGAUUUCAGUUAUUGUAACUUAAAAAUUAUGUGAAGAAUUUCUUAUAACAUGACAUUUUUAUAUUUAAAUUUUAAUUUUAUUUAAGAAUAUAAAGGGUUGUAUGCACAUAUGCAUUACAUUAGACUAGAUACAUAAAAUGUAAGUUAAUAAAUAUAUUUUAUAUGAAAA